UAUAGUUUUUAAACGUGACAUUCUUUUUAAACAAAAAAUGUGAAAAAGGGUAUAAAAGUUAGAAGAACUCCGGCAGCAUUGCUGGGGAAAGUCACCAAUGUGGCGGUGUUCGACGCCGAGGGAUGAUGGGGAGCAGCAACCUAAACGCGGUGUUCUACGCCAAGGAGUACCACCCGAUUCAGUCCGGCAGCAUCGACGGCACCGAUAUUCUUCCCCACGACAGCGCUGUUUACCGGGCACUUCUCUGCUCCAAUGCCGCCCUCU